UGCGUUUAGGUUUUGUUUCUCCAAGUUUACGAUGGGUAGACCAGGUAAUAUCUUGCGCUUCUUUAACCCCCACGCUAAGAUUUGAAUACCUUGGUCCCUUGCUGAUUAUAAAAACACAUUUUCAGGUUUCUCUCCGCGAGGUGGUGGACGAGGUGGUGGCGGCAGAGGCGGUGGAGGACGAGGUUUGUAGUAGCUCACCAUGUUGUUUACAACGUGAUCUGAAGAAGUAAAUGGCGAAAUGAUCUUGGCUCUCUUGUUUCUUGUGCUCCAAAGCGUGCAUUUUAACGAAUAAGUAUUGCAAUGACAUGCGGGGAUCACGUUUCAACGAUCUAAACUUGCAGUGAAUUUUGGAUCUCCAUAAACAAAAAACGUGUUCUCAAUGCAACUCCAGAUUCUGGAAGGCUGAAGAUCGAGGAAACAUGAGCUUACUAUUCCUUUGAUUAGACGCACGAUUUCCUGAUAGAUAUGAAAUAUCUGGGAUAGAGUAUGGGGAAAUUCUUAAACAACAAGAAAGAUUUUAUCAAGGCUAAGUCAAACAUCCACAGCAUAUGUCUCAGCAUUCUCACUACAUAAAAUUUUGUUGAAGGUUGUUGAGCACCCCUGCCAGCAGAGUCUUUCUUUACUCAAGAAAGACUCUGCAUGAAUUGAGUAAGAUCUUGGUUGAGCUUUCACUGCAUGUUGCUAGGAUGCAGUUCGAACCCAGGCCUAAUAGCCGUGAACUUGGUACAGCGAGCUCAGUUAUGAUCAUCAGUUUAUCAACGAAAGAAUGCUCACACUUGAAAAAACUGGUUUGAUGCGCGAAAACCAGAUUGACUAGUCAAGAAGUUUGGGCUGCGGCGACUUCAAAGAUUUGACGCAAUUCAGCUAGAGUCUCCUUUUCUCCUUCUCACUUAAUCCUUCAAGUUUCAAUAUCCUCAUACAAAUUCUCCAAACAUCUCCAUACAUUUCCUGUAAGAAUUGCUUAAGAGAAUUUGAUAAACGAUCAUGGCAUUUUCCCUUUGAUGAUCAUUUUAUUAAUUCUCAUAACUUUAUCUCAUGACAAUGUAUUGAUAUUAUUAGGAGAAAAUUGUUGUUGGUCACUACUGGCACUUAAAGGGUUAACAAGACAAAAGGAGGCUCUGCUAACAGGGUGGUUGUUGAGCUACAUGUAGAUGUUGCGGAAACCCUACAUCCUUGGCCAUCGGUAGCCAGUCAUUUUGCACCCUCUUUUUUUUGCUUCAGUUACUUAGCACCCUAUUUUUGAGUCAUCUAAAUAUGUUAUAUAUCUUGUUCUUUAGGCAAUGUUAAAGGUUACUUAGCUAGGGGGCUAAGUUACCAGGAUGAAAUGACUUGGGGGUGAUGCAAUCCAUGGCAUCACUAGUUCCUCACUUUUUUGCUUUAGAAGUUCCCUUUCUGAUAGUAUACAGAUGGAUAGCCCUUGAAAGCUCACACCCAAUGGGAUCGUCAUAACCCCGUUAGCAGAGCAUGGCAGAACUUCAUAACAUCUUGUGCAUGCAUAGCUUUUUUUUUUCCUGCUGGUUUGCAAAUAAUAAUUGUGCAGUUACUCAGUGUCAUCCUAUUUAAUAUGGCUAUUGAGACCUUUAAAAAGGGGUAAGACCCAGGUACACAUCACUUGGGGAUUGAACUUGUGACCUCCUGCUUAGUGCAUCGACUGAACUAACCCUGCCUGCUCUAAAAAUAUUAUUUACUUUUCCCUUUGGUAAGUAGACUUCAAGACAGUUAGUAAACUUCAUGCUGUGUGUUUAAAUACGAGCACAUCAUUUAACUUUUGGUGUUCAGUCUUUGGACUAAAAAACUAAUGAUUUGUUAUGUACACUGUCAACAGGAGGCUUCCGUGGAGGUGGUGGAGGUAGAGGUGGCGGAUUUGGCAGAGGUGGUGGUGGAGGUAGAGGCGGCGGAUUUGGCAGAGGUGGAAGAGGCGGUGGACGAGGAGGAGGUCGAGGUAGGUUUCCCCAUUAUUACCAUUUUUAAUUACACAUAUUACCAUAUGUGUUGUACAUGUGCCUGUCUCAGUUCAAACCAUAUGAUGGAGAAUGAGAUCUUUAAUUUUAUUGGAGCUGACUUGUCUGUAAACAAACAUCUUAGCUUGAAUUAAUCCAUUCUCAGCUCAACAGCCUGUACACAGCCUGGAAAACUAUUACUUUUGUGCCAAAACUUGCAAUGUUGACCUCACAGUUGUCACGCACAAAAGAUAGUUUAACUUUUACAUUAUGCUGGGGAAGAGGACUGUUAAACUGUACUCAAAUGAUUACAACUUGGUCAGACAGGUCAGAUCAGAGAAAACAAAUGAGAUUCUUGUCGCACUCUGCACCUUUGCUUGCUUUCAAUGAUGUUGAGGUCUUUGUCAUUUUUCUAAGAAACUUUUCCCACAGAUAUCAAGCCAAGUACAUUGUACUGUAAAUACUCAUUCAGAGUAGCCUGAAUUUCAACUGUUCGCUCGAGUCGCAAACUGCUGACAGAUAGCUAGCAUAAGAAAAUGGCCCGCAUUUCACGACACGACCGAUGGUUUCCCUGUGAAAUGGCAUCUGAGAAACGAGUGUACAAAUUCCAUACUAAUGACGUGUCACUACUCAGACCUUGGUGGUGCUUUUGAUUGGAUGAAGCAAAUUUCUAACCAAUCAGAAGCACUAUUCAGAUCUGGGUAGUGAUGCAUCAUCAGUAUGGAAUUUAUGUGCUCAGAUGUCAUCUCACUGGGAAACCGUCAGUGGCAUUGCUAAACGGCGGCUGUUUUCUCAGGCUAACAGAUCCCCCGUAAGCAGCUCAUUAUAAAUUAAGGAAUUUCUUUGGGGAGUUUGCAACUUGAGGAGACUGCUGACAUUCAGGCGAUAGUUAAAGGCGAAAAGGAUGGGAAAGGGAAGUGAAAAAUGGAGAGAAGAAUAGUUGAUGGGUAGUAUUCUGCACACACCUGAACCAAGAAAGCCUUGCAGUUUAGGAGCAAAAUCCACCAUGCAUAGUGUUUUUCAACUGAAAUUGAAAUCGCAUAUUUUACUUCAAAAGAAUUCAUUUUUUUUUUUUUUUGCAUUUUUACUAGCAUUGUUAAUACAUUUUGUUUGUCAUAAGUACAUGUAGGUAAUAUGCUGCUAAGUUUUUUUGUAUUUGUAUAACUAGGCGGUGGUGGACGUGGAGGAUUUAAAGGAGGAGCCAAAGUUACCAUUGAACCACAUCGGCAUGAAGGCAAGUACCAUGAUACAUGGGUUGUUAAAGGAAAAACAGCUCAAGUUGUUUUUAGUUGUGGUGAUCUCACAAUUGCUAAUAAGCUAAAUCGUUUUGCUGUGGUAGUAAUAACAGUUGUUCAUCAGCGUAGUUUCUUCAUUCUGCUUUUUGUAAACAUAUAUUUUUAGACCUGCCGUGUAUCUCCUAAUAUAAAACUAAAGAAAAAUUUCAUUUCUUGUAAGAUUUAUUAUUAGUUAUAUUCAAAAAUCUCAAACACAGCAAUAUGUUAGUUUUGCUUAUGAGAAUACAUUGUCAUGGCAGGGCAGGUACUGAAACACUUGUGAAGUCACUUACACCCCUUUCUCAUGUUUGAUGUUUUCCUUUAGGAGUGUUUAUUGCACGUGGAAAGGAAGAUGCAUUGGUCACAAAGAAUAUAGUACCUGGAGAGUCUGUGUAUGGCGAAAAAAGGAUAUCGGUUGAUGUAAGAAUAAUUAUAUUAUAUUUAUAAAGUAAAAACUUCUAGGAUACAAUAUCUUUCCGACUUCACUUUUUGCACCACAUUAUAUUUUGUGUUUUUAAAUUAUUCAGUGUGCAUGUUCUGUACAAAACCCUUGGCAUCUAGUAAGACGGAGAGAGAGCAGGGUGCAAAGAAAGUCAGCUUUACAGCUUUCCAUUUGGACAAGCUGUAGCCAGUUUGCACUCGCAGUUUGCACUUUUGGAUGAACAGGAUUGAUUACAGUUCUUCUGUUAUUUGAAUUCCCCAAGAAACUUCAAUUUCUAGUCGGACAAGUUAACAACAGAAUUCACUUGCCUGACCACAAAAUCCACUAGCCCAGGGCUAUCAGGCACACUGGAGAGAUUUUGUAAGUACCACAGCAUACAUAAGGAGAUUUACAGCACAACCUUCACCAAGGAAAACUGUUUUACCGGGGAAGUUAACAAAGGCUUUGAAACUAGACAUACAGUAGUGCUUUGUAACUAUUACAGUGGAACCCUGUUAAUAUGGGCACCAGUGGGCCAAAAAAUUUGGCCAUAUUAACGGCUGACCAUAUUAACAAGCUAUUUCCUAACAAGAAAAUGUAUGGUCGUUUUGCUAGGCGGCAAGAAAAAGUGGCUGUAAUAACGAGGUGACCGUAUUACUGAGGUGUCCAUAAGGCGGGGAUCCACUGUAUAUUGGUAUCAUUCAGUUUUGAGAUUUAAAACACAUAAGCUGCUCUCUAUGUUGAUUUUGUAGGGUGCAGCGGAUGCUGAAAAAAUUGAAUACAGAGUUUGGAAUCCUUUCCGUUCAAAGCUUGCGGCUGCCAUUCUUGGUGGAAUUGACAAAAUUCACAUGCCUCCUGGUUCCAAAGUGUUGUACCUUGGAGCGGCAUCAGGAACAACAGUGUCACAUGUCUCUGACGUUGUUGGACCUGUAAGUAUGACAUACAAUGUACAACUGUAUGAUUGCCAAAAAUUAAUUUUAACUUCAGUUUAGAACGAUUUUCGCAUGACCUUGAAAUGAAAACACGUGAAGAGAACAGAAACAACAAGGGAACAGAAUUAGAACGAUUAGAUUGGUUUAUCGAACGUGCAUGGCUAUUGGUUGGUUCAGAAAACAGGCAGGUGAAACUUCAUGCCUGAGAACUUUCCGCAAAUCAAUUGAUACUUUGCUUCGACGUCAUACUGCAAUACGACUGGCCAACUGAACAAUGCCUUCUCCAUAGGUUUUUCUUUGGUAAAACAGAGAGUCCACGUUUUGAUCUUUUCAUCCAUCGGCUGAUAAAAGCAAACCAAAACCAUUUUUCAAGGUCAUACAAAAGUCACUCUAUUUAGUUUAUGAAUGUUUGUACACUAACUUGGGAGUGGUGUGUCACAAGGCUCUACCCUGGCAGCACCCUGUGGCCCUUGGUACUUUACUUUCGCUCCUGAGGGACAAGAAAAAAAAAAAAUAAUUAUAUUGUGCAAAUUACAUGUGUAUAUGAUCAAAAUGUGCAUCACAUAUAAAAGCAUAUUACUAACAAAAAACUAUAAAAAGUUAAAUGUACGUGGUCAAAAAUUUACAAAAUAUCUAUUGGAUCUGGUAAAAAGCUAGUUUAAAAAAGGUCUUAAGCAACAUUUUAAAGGUAUUAAAAAUUUUCCCGUUAUGAAUAUUAAGGGCAAGCUGUUCCACAGUUUUGGUCCCGCCACCAAGAAGGUGCAGUCACCAACUUUCGUACGAACAAUAACUCUUGGAGCUUGUAGGAGGAGUCCUACAUACUAAUCCUCUGGUGGGCACCCUGUACAAUAUAGAUUUCAUAGCUAGGUUCAGAGCACUGGUCUCGCUUCAAUUUUUCUUAGAGCACAGCCUUUGUGGCCCAGAAAUCAGCAUGCUGGGUUCCCAAUCCUGAAACCCCAGGUUUGAAUCCUCCUUUGAGUACUAGCUGAAGUAGCUGUAUUUUGCAUGAGCCCCAAGUUUAACUUCUCUGCCACACUCAUGAUAAGUCAACUGGCAACAUCCAGCCCAUUACUGUAAUAAAAGAUGGGUUGUUCCUUUUAGAUUAAAUUUGUGAUUACAUGUGUGUGAGUGAAGUGCCUGCUAACUAACUUGAGCAGUUAGUGAUAAAUAAGUGCACUAGUAACCAAGAUUUAUUUGAGUUUUGUCUGAAUGAUGUUUUUUUAUUUUGGACUCAAAAAACUUCAAAGAACUUUUCCUAUGUUUGGCAACCUUUAGCUAGUGGAUGUGUCUGCUCAGUGACUUUUCACUCGUUCCCUGUUGCCAACAUUAAUCAAGCAUUAAGCAUCUCUGAACUUCCUUGUUAAUUUUGACCACGGCUUGGAAGGAAUUGCUAUAUGCUACAUGUACAACAACACACAAGUGGAGCAUUCAACAUACACAUAGUAAUACAGUGAAACCUGUAUUAAUAAUUGUUUGCCUGCUCAUACAAGUGUUAAAGGAGCUGUGUCACAAAAUUCAGCCAAAUUAGGUAAUUACAAAAUGCCCGUUGAAUUAAGAAAAACAAAAAUAAUCGCUUCGAACAUUAAAGGAAUGUUAAAAUAACACAACAGAUACAACAAAUGCCACGGAUGGGCAAAACUGAAGAAGAUUGAAACAGAUUGAAAUUUGGGUUUUUGAAAACUGUUCAGCCUAACAGUUUUUCAAAGUUGAUCUCUGCUAUUUGCAACCUCAAAAAUAAUGCUCAGGAGACAUAUUUGUUUGUGUCGAAUCUCUGCUUGUGUCAUUUACUAGUAAUUUCUUUGCUUACUUUAAGUUCCAUAGCUAUUAAGGGCGAGUAACUCGCAAAAUUAAACAAAAUAAACUGAACUGCCGUGACACAGUCCCUUUAAGGAGUCAAAUACCAUUCAAAUGAAUGGUGGAAAUGUUUGGAAUACUGCCAGAGACCAGAAUAUACACUGUACUGAGUUUUUUGUAUUUGACUUCACCUCAAAUGUGAAGAGAUCAAAAUGAGAAAAAUGAAGGCUUCGAGUACGCAUUGCGAUGUGACUGAUUUUCUUGAAAACUAGCUGUAAAGGCAUUGUGUACGUACCUGUAUGUAUUUUGAAUUUCUUUUUUGCUUGUGGCUUGUGUGUUUGACAAUAUUGAUGCAACUUGAUGUGACAUGAUUAGCUCUUAGACUGAACUAACAGAAAUGAGAAGAUCAGUCAAAAUGAUGUUUAUUUCUUUGUUAUAUCUUCUAGGAUGGUCUUGUGUAUGCAGUUGAAUUUUCUCACAGAUCGGGACGUGAUCUCAUUAAUGUAGCUAAGAAAAGAACAAACGUUAUACCAAUUAUUGAAGAUGCAAGACAUCCUCAUAAAUACAGAAUGCUGGUUGGUGAGUAAAGAAAAUGUUGAUAACUUUACAAGACUAUUCAAGAAANAAAUGAGAAGAUCAGUCAAAAUGAUGUUUAUUUCUUUGUUAUAUCUUCUAGGAUGGUCUUGUGUAUGCAGUUGAAUUUUCUCACAGAUCGGGACGUGAUCUCAUUAAUGUAGCUAAGAAAAGAACAAACGUUAUACCAAUUAUUGAAGAUGCAAGACAUCCUCAUAAAUACAGAAUGCUGGUUGGUGAGUAAAGAAAAUGUUGAUAACUUUACAAGACUAUUCAAGAAAGAAAAGCUUAGCCUGAGAUAAAAUAGCCACCACUGGUUUCCUCGUGAAUUCAGAAAUGACGUGUGACCAACGACUGCAGAAAUUCCAUACUGAUAGGCAUCACUACCCAGAUGUGGGUAGUGCUUCCGACUGGUUGAAGCAAAUUUCUCUUGUGGUAUAACCAAUCAGAAGCACUACCCAGAUCUGAGUAAGUGACAUGUCACCUGUGUGGGAUUUCUGCAAUUGUUGCCCAGACGUCAUUUUUUUCAGUUAGUGGUGGCUUUGUGAAAUGUAGUUGUCUAAAGGCAAAAGUAGGUCACUAUGGGCCAUGGGGCACUAUUUAGUGUAUAGCCCUAAUGACAUGCAGACAAGUUAAGAAAGAGUUGCACUAUUAAUCAGGAGUACGGUAACCAACCAGACCAAAUUAAUAGUUUGCAUGACAGUGAUAGGUAGCUUGUGCCACAGCCGAAACUUAACUGUGGUUAAGUCUGUCUGCGAAACAGGUCCAAAAUCCUUCAUCUGCCUACUAACUGCCUACUAAAUGGGGUUAAAUUAUGUCUGUGACACAGGCUAGUGAUGGGGUAAAGCAGAAAUUUUUGGGAAAGACUAUUAUCUCAUUUUCAAAGUGACUGGUCGCAUGUCCAGCCAAUCAGUUCUGACUUGUGGGCUAGUACAUGCUAGCUACAGCUUGCCCGAAUGAAAGCCUGUAGAACUAACUGUCUUUGCACCCUGGGUAAGCACCCGUAGUGUAACAAGUUAACGAUAUUAUUUUGACUUAUUACCUGAAUUGAGAAAGACAAUGGUCACACAACACUGCCAAAUUUUCGACAGGUUGAAAAUUUGUGCAUUUUAGUUUGAUCAUUGUAUCGCUUGUAAUAAAUUAUGAGUUGUUUGGGUGAGCUAAAAAGCUUAAGAGCUCAAAGUGUUCGUGAGGUCAGUGCAUAGUAGUUAUGCAUGCAAUUUUCAGGAUAUGUGGAAAUAAAAGUCAGCCAGGCCUAUAGAUAGCUGAAAAGCUGGCUACGCCCCUGGCUGUCGUAAAACAAUCCAAAAUGUGACAUUUUUUUAUUGCUAGAAUUGAAACAUUGUAGCUCUGCAGGGAAUCAUCUGCAGCUUUUGAAUCUUCUUGUGGUGGUUAUUGACUUUACAAAAGUUUGUAUUUUUCUCCCAAACAAAUGCAACAUUCAUUCAUGUUAUGAAUCUUCAAAAUACGAGUUGCUGUUGGUUAACCAUUUUAAAUUAAACUGGAUCUCUUAAUCUCAUUACCUUUUAGGCAUGGUGGAUACUAUUUUUGCUGAUGUUGCUCAGCCUGAUCAGGCUCGUAUUGUCGCUAUAAAUGCUCACAAUUUCCUUAAAAAUGGAGGGCAUUUUGUCAUAUCAAUAAAGGUCAGUAAAGUACUUUGUACCUACAGUAAGAUCCCAGUUUGUAAUAAGAUCCCCCCCAAGAUAUAAGCCUCCAUUACAAAAUUGAAUCAAGCCCAGGCCAACUCUUUCCGAUUAUCUGGCAGUAUCCCAGAAAUGACAAAAAAUAAAUGUUAUUUUUGAGCUUUUCUGUGAUUUAGCUUAGAAUUAAGCUCAUUUUCUCCCAAAUUCAGAAAAGGGUUUCGAUCAUACACGAUAAGACUGUGUAUAUAAGGUUCUGAAAUACACUCAUGAUAUGUGGUUGAUAUAGCCUGCAUUGCAGCCGCCCCAUGCACUUGUCUUAACCAUUUAUAUAGUUGUAUACAGAAGGUUUAGAGCAUCUGCGAUGCAGGCAAGGUUGAUGUUGGGGGGGUUCUACAAAGGUAAUGGUUCCCAGAAUUUAGAUCUCCAGAGGUUGGCAUCUCUCCAUCAAAUCUGGGGUUGAUUGUUUGACAGUCUAUGAACACUUUACAACCUUACUUGAGUACAGUAAAGCUUGAAAUAUCUACCUCUUUAAAUUUUGGUAUGUUUAUUUUUAGGCAAAUUGCAUCGAUUCAACGGCAGAACCUGCUGCAGUAUUUGCUGGUGAAGUAAAAAAAAUGCAAGCUGAAAAAAUGAAACCUCAGGAACAGUUAACACUGGAACCAUAUGAAAGAGACCAUGCUGUCGUUGUUGGAGUGUACAGGUAACCGUUAGAUACAUAGCUUGCGUGUAGACGUCUCUGUCAUGUAUUUCCUUUUUGUUUGUUGCAUGCGUGCAACAACAGAAAUAAGAAGCAAAAGAUAAAUACUUAAAACUUGCUGUACUUGAAGCAGUCAAUACCUUAUAUCCUUGAAUGCUGGAAGCAUCGCAGUAAUUAUUAUUAGACCAAAAUAAGGUGUUAUUUAUGCAAAAGGAAGGCUCUUAACUGUAAUCAAGGGGGUGUUUCUAAACUUAAACUUUACUUUGUCUAUAUCUUUAUCUCUGAAAACUUGGAAAUACUGAGAAAACUUGAACUACGAGAGGAGGCACUGUGCUUGUACAUGUGCUGUGUACAGUGGUGACAGCACGGUCAAAGCUAAAGAAAUUGUAAUAGUAAGACAACAAAGAGACUUUCCUCAUAGAAGGGAGGGACUCUAACUCUUGGGGGUUCCCAUUAAUUUUUCUUGCUUGUCUGAUGGGUGGAUACCAUUUCAAUGAUUAUUCAUUAUGGUGUAGGGUUUUGUCGGUGCAUAGGCACCUAAGCGAAGAAAUUGGUAAGCUAAAACUAAGUUUGGAUAAAUUUAGGUUUCUGGGAAACUGCCCACCUACCCCUCCCCUAAGCUAACAUUAACAACUACUUCUCACUUAGGGCAAAAUGCUGGCUUAGGGGAGGGGUAGGUAGGCAGUAUCUCAGAAACCUAAUUUGAUGCCUAAAUUUUUGUCGAAGGGUUCCUGUUAUUAAUUUGUCAUUGUCGUCUUUAAUCUUCUUUCCAGACCGCCACCAAAGAAGGACAAGCAAUAGCACAUCUUUUUUUCUUGUUUAGGAUUUUAUUGUAACUUAAUGCUGUUUUCAAUAAAAAGACUGUUGAUUGCUGUACUGUGAGACUCCAAAAGAUUUCUUCCUUGGUGUACAGUAAAAACCCACAUAUAAGAACCUGGAAUUUUUGAGAUCUGGCUGAACAGGUUCUUAUAUUUUAGGGUAGUUUUUCACAAAUCAGGCUUAUUAGGUCCUUAAUAGGUUCUUAUUUCUCAGAGAUUGUCUUAAAGUAACCAAUGAUAGAAAAAUUGUACUAUUAAUACAUAAUGGUUUAUGGAAAACAUAUUUUUCGUGAAAAUCCAAACAAAUGAAUUGUAAAUCAAAGAAACCAUUACACGAAAACUUUUUGUCAGAAGUUUCUCACACAAUUAACAUCCGGAGUUUUGACCAUCAAAAUUGGAUGAUUGUUUUUUUGUACAAGAACCUAUUUUUCUUUCCAGGCUGAACAGGUUCUUAUAUUUUUGGGUAUAUAAAUGACAAAUUUCAG